AUGGUAAAAAUUCGCCCAGAUGAAAUUAGUAGCGUUAUUCGCCAACAGAUUGAGCAAUACUCACAAGAAGCACAAGUUGUAAACGUUGGAACUGUACUUCAAGUUGGAGAUGGAAUUGCUCGAAUCUACGGAUUAGAGAAAGUAAUGGCUGGUGAGUUACUUGAAUUUAAGGAUGGUACAAUUGGUAUUGCAUUAAACCUUGAAUCAGAUAACGUUGGUGCUGUACUUAUGGGUGAGGGACUCUCUAUCCAAGAAGGUGAUGCAGUAAAAGCAACUGGUAAAAUUGCACAAGUACCUGUAGGAGAAGCAUUCUUAGGUCGUGUUGUUGACGCUUUAGCUCGUCCAAUCGAUGGUAAAGGUGAUAUUCCUUCAACUGAUUCACGUUUAAUUGAAUCACCAGCACCUGGUAUUAUUGCACGUAAGUCAGUAUAUGAGCCACUCCAAACUGGACUUGUGUCAAUUGAUGCUAUGAUUCCAAUUGGACGUGGACAGCGUGAGUUAAUUAUUGGUGACCGUCAGACAGGAAAAACAGCAGUAGCAACUGAUACAAUCAUUAAUCAGAAAGGUGGUGACUGUAUUUGUGUAUAUGUAGCAAUUGGUCAGAAAGCAUCAUCAGUAGCUCAAAUUGUAACAACAUUAACAAAUGCUGGAGCAAUGGACUACACAAUUAUUGUAGCUGAGAACGCAAACUCUCCUGCUACACUUCAGUACCUUGCACCAUAUACAGGUGCGUCACUUGCUGAGUACUUUAUGUACUCUGGACGUGCAACGCUUAUUAUUUACGAUGACCUCUCUAAGCAAGCACAAGCUUACCGUCAGAUGUCACUUCUUCUUAAGCGUCCACCAGGUCGUGAAGCAUACCCUGGAGAUGUAUUCUACCUUCACUCACGUCUUCUUGAGCGUGCAGCGAAGCUUAAUGAGUCUUUAGGUGAAGGAAGUAUGACUGCUCUUCCAAUUAUUGAAACACAAGGUGGUGAUGUAUCUGCUUACAUUCCAACUAACGUAAUUUCAAUUACAGAUGGACAGGUAUUCCUUUCUGCUGACCUUUUUAACUCUGGUAUUCGUCCAGCAAUUAACGUAGGUAUUUCAGUAUCACGUGUAGGUUCAGCUGCACAAAUUAAGGCAAUGAAGCAAGUUGCAGGAACACUUAAGUUAGAACUUGCACAAUUCGCAGAGCUUGAGGCUUUCUCACAAUUUGCUUCUGACCUUGAUCAGGCUACUCAAAACCAACUUGCACGUGGAGUACGUUUACGUGAACUCCUUAAGCAAGCACAGUCAGCACCGCUUACUGUUGAUAUGCAAGUUGUAACAAUUUACACAGGAACUAAGGGAUACCUUGAUGACCUUGCAGUUGCACAAGUACGCCCAUUCCUUAUUGGACUUCGUGACUACAUGAAGACGAACAAGUCUCAAUUUAGUACUAACGUGCUUGAAUCAAAGGCUAUGUCUCCUGAAUCUGAAGAGAUGUUAAAAGAAGGAAUUACAGCUUACAAAGCUAUUUUCCUUGGAAAAUAA